AUGAAAGCAAUAGAAUAUCUCAGCACAGAAGAAGUUUGUCAAAAAUGUAAGAAGAAUCAAACUAUCUUGAAAGCCAGAAAUGAAUUAUACUGCAAAGAUUGUUUCCUUAGACUUAUUCGUGGAAAACAAAGAAAACAAAUGUCAGAUGAAAAAUACAAAAUCAAUUAUAAAAAAACUACUAGUGAAAAAGUAUUAUUAGCAUUUUCAGGAGGUGUUUCGUCAUUAGUUCUAUUAGACGUGCUAGCUAACUUAAUUGUUGAACAAAUAGAAGCACAUAAUGGAUUACGGGGAUUUGACUUGGUCAUUGUUAAUUUAAAUGAAUACGAAUAUAAAUCACUAUCUGCAAGAAUUGAGACAAUACUACCUGAAUUAUUAAAAAGAUAUAAUGUGGAUAUACAAGUCAAAAUUUUGUCAUUAGACUCGUACGUGAAUAAAAAAAAUUUAUAUGCCAUAUCAUUGGACCAUGAAUUUACCAUCUUUGCAAAUUCAAUUCAAGCUGAUACAACUAUGAUGAAUUUACUCGAAAGCUGUGCAAAUAAAUCAUCAGCCGAAGACUUACUAUCAAUAUUACUAGAUCAAUUAUUGUUGAAAGUUGCAGUUGAAGAAAAAUGUAAUACUGUAGUCUACGCACAUUCGAUGACUAGAAUUGCAAAUGAAAUAAUAGCAUUAACUGUUAAAGGACGUGGUUCAACGAUACACAAGUCAAUAUCAGAUAGAAAGGAGAUUUAUGAAGGUAAAGAAAUAAAUAUAAUCUACCCACUAAGAGAUGUUUUGUUCGAUGAGAUUGUUGAAUAUGCAAAAUUAUCUGAAUUGCAAAACUAUAUUGUAGACUCAACAAUAUCCAAAUCGAGGGUAUCCAAAAAUUUAACGAUAAAGGAUCUUGUUUCCAACUACUUUACAAACUUAAAUCAAACAGGCUAUGCAUCAACUGCGUCAACAGUCAUGAAAAUUGGUCAAAAGCUAACAUCACCACAAUCAAAUGAACUUAAAAUUAUAUGUAAAAUAUGUGGUUCAGAGAUAUAUCAUGAUCCUAAAACCUGGUUAAAAACAAUAACCGUGAAUGAUCCAGCUCCAAUUGCAACUGAGGAAGAAGAAGAAUACGUAAAGAUGUAUUUCUCAAAUAAAGACCAAAAACAUAAAUUUGACGGAGAAAAUAUUGAUUUAUGUUAUGGAUGUAUUACAACUUUAAAUGGUACCAAUGAUUUUGUCUGGCCAAUACAACCCUCAAUUAAUCUUAAAUAUGAUAAUUCCACUAGUAAAAUAAUUGAUGAAUUUGUUUUAACUGAUAAUGAAGAAGAUUAA